AUGGACAAUAAGGGAGCUAUAUCUCCGGGAUCGGAAAAAGAAAAUUCCUGCCGAAAACCGAAAUUGUCCUUUUCUAUAGAAAAUUUGAUAGAAACGACAUCUACAGAAAAUGCCUCCAAAGAUGCCGAAAUAACGUCAGCUCAUGAUGAGCAUAACGAAAAUAAUCACAGGGACACAAAAGAAAAGACAUGGACACCUAAACAAAAUCAUUCCGCAGAUCAACAACGUAGAAUACCCCAAACAAUGCUGCAUAGAGCAGAGGACGAAUGGAUAGAAAGUGGGACUACCUAUAGAAAGAGAAAAACGGACUAUCUGAGGACAAUCCAAGAACAGAGUGCCGCAAUGUUGGGAUACGGUCCGGUUGUGCAUCCCGCGUUUCUUUAUGGAAGAAUGUCGGUGGAGGAGUACCAAGCGUAUCUUUUCCGAAAUUAUUCACUGCUACAGCAGCAAAUGUCCCCUCUGCCUUCGCGGGACCAUGCAUUUGAAUGGCUAAGAUCUACCGGUGUUUCCAGAUACCACAACUCUCUGAAAAGUAAAAGUUUCGAUGGUCCAACGUCAGACGCAAAACAACGCGAUUUUUUAAAAAGAAGGACAGAGGCCAAGAACGAGGCAGUUGUAAUUGACGACAUCAAAUCAUAUACUGACCAAUCAACUCAAGAAAAAGACAGUGAAAAAAGUGAUAAUGUUUCGAACAACAAACAGAAGAAACCAGCGAUAAAAAAUAACAAGACUUUUACAUGUCCAGAGUGUGGGAAAGUGUUCAAUGCUCAUUACAACCUCACCCGGCAUAUGCCCGUCCACACCGGCGCCCGGCCCUUCGUCUGCAAAAUUUGCGGGAAAGGCUUCCGACAAGCAAGUACGCUAUGUCGUCAUAAAAUUAUCCAUACUUCGGAAAAGCCUCACAAAUGCAGUACAUGCGGGAAAGCCUUUAACAGGAGCUCUACCCUCAACACACACAUGCGAAUUCAUAUGGGCUACAAACCAUUUCAAUGCGAGUUCUGUGGAAAAGGCUUUCAUCAGAAAGGAAAUUACAAGAACCAUAAACUUACCCACAGCACGGAAAAGCAGUACAAAUGUAGCAUUUGCAACAAGGCUUUCCAUCAGAUAUACAACCUGACUUUCCACAUGCAUACCCAUAAUGACAAAAAGCCAUUCACAUGUCACAUGUGUGGAAAAGGUUUCUGCCGAAAUUUCGACUUGAAGAAGCACAUGCGAAAGCUCCAUGAUGGAAGUCAGAUUCCAGGCCCCUCCUCAUCCCCUGCUGCCGUGAAUGUCUCUGCUAGUACUCAGAUGUUGAGGAAUGGGGGCAUUUAUCCUCUAGCAAACAACGGACAGACUUCUAUGGUCAGCAACCGUUCGGCCUUUUUCGGACAUUCAGCUCCUGUGAGUUGUCAAAGGAAUAUUUUUUCUAAUUAUUUAUUGGGGUCUGCCAAUGCAGAUUUUCUGCACAAGUUCUCGUCAUACAUAUAG